AUGCAACGCGAUUGCAAAAACGAACGAGCGAGCGAGUACGUUAGUGUUCUAGUGGGCCCUGAGUGCCUUUUAGGUCGCAGCAGAAGUGACCGAAGACCCGUAGAAGUGGAUGAAAAGGGUGGGGUCGCAAAGGGGAAAGGUCCGUCAGGAUAUCAAAAGGAAAUUUCCUCGAGGGUCGAGUGUAAGAGUCCAUCGCUGCACUCCAGGUUACGGAUAGAGGACCGACUCGUUGUGGACGGCGCUGUGACAGGCCAUGGACGGGCACUUCUCUCAACAUAUUUUUCCAUCAAGCACUUCGUCGGUGGUACUACCUACGCACGGCCGCAGCACUCAGUUGAAGACAAGGGACAUCGUCAACAGUUCAAGGCCCGUCUCAUUAACAGAAAGUGGAAGAAAUCCACUCAAUAUCUCCGGAGGUAUCCCAUACCUUCCGCAUCACCUCGUACAGUUAGCAACGUGCUUAUGAGUGAAGUACCCGGUACUCCGCAUUUACAUGGCAUAUUUGUAUCAAAGCUGCCUACACGUCCUUCCCAAUUCAACCUCGAGGCUCCUUCCCUCCGUCCCACUACUGUAUCUCCGACCCAACCUAAUUGCUGA